AUGGCGUCGUCUCCUCCAGGAGCCCUGAUCCACCGGUGCAAAGCACCACCCCGAAAACUCCAGACUCCGUCCCCGACCCCGGGUCAACCCUACUCCGUGGCCGUGGCCCGCCGCAACGAACGCGAGCGCAAGCGCGUGCACCUGGUGAACAUGGGGUUCGCGUCGCUGAGGUCGCAUCUCCCGGACUGGCCCGUGGCUUCCAAGAAGCUCAGCAAGGUCGAGACCUUGAGGUCGGCCGUCGAGUACAUCACGCGGCUGCAAGAAGUCCUCGGAGACGCGGCUCUGGAGAACCUCCGGCCGUCCACGGAGUCGACCCCCGAGCCGGGUUUGAGCCCGAGUCCGGACUCGAGCAGCAUGAGUGGAGGGGGACACUGUUCUUCGCGGGCCGGCGAGGUGCUCUUGCAGAGUCUGGAGGCGGCCAGGGUGUCCGGGGAAGAGGAGAGCCAUUUCCUCGAGCUCGCCCAGUGGUUCGGCUACGCCUCCUAG